AUGGGUAAACGGCCAUCACGACCGGCUUGCGAUCGCUGCCAUGGCCUCAAAUUGCGCUGUGAUCGCAAUGCUGCUGCAAAAAAUUGUCGCCGUUGCCUCAAGGCCGGGGCGACGUGUGCCUUUCGCCUGUCAACUCGUGGACGUCAGCUUGUCGGCAACAAGCCAGCACCCUCUACACGUCCUGCUCACGAAACGCCGGUUGCUCCCAACUCUACAGAGGAUAUAUCCAUUUCCGGGUCUCCUGCCGGGGAUUCGGAGGCGAAUUCAGACACUUGUAUGAAUGAACUGUUACCUGGCUCUCUAUGCCAAAAUUCUCACGAUACCUCGCUGGAUGUCGACUCUGUCUCGAGCCCUGUGAACCCAACCGCAUCGCCACCAAGUCUGCCGACAGACGUCGCCUUCUCUGACGGUUGUUCGAUCGAAAAGACACUGGGCACGAACGACAGUACUGGGAUGAGCUUUCCCAUGAACCUCACUUCGCCACAACUCGCCGACAGCAAUGUGGUGGCACCCAACCCAAGCGCGCAGAGCCAGCUCCGGGUGCAGCUUAUCAAAGAUGUGCUCGUGCUCGAUGUAGAAUUGAUCCAGCAUACUUCCGCCUUGCUCAAUCCGACGGAGCAUGCCCUCUUACAAGUCAGCGCUGGUAAAACAUUGACCAUCGCGCAGCAACUCCUGGAAAUCUUCCAUUCGGCGGAGUGCUGGACAUCGCAUACCGCUUGUCUGCAACCAUGGGGCCCGUAUCUAUACCAACCAUCGAUGCCUUCAGGAUUGGAGCAUCCAGAGACGUAUCUGGAUCAGGCGUCGAUAAUCCAUGCACUGUCCACGUAUCUCCGCCUUGUCGACGCUUAUCAGAUUCUGUUUACGCGGGCGAUUAGCAACUAUAACGCGGUCGUUGCAAAUGGCUGGUGGGAUUCCCUUUCCUUAUCCCACAAUCAGGAGUUUACCCUCAUCGGUUCCAGUAUCCAGUCAGCUCUGUCAAUUCAGUCGACCGCGCCAGUGUUAGACCGGCUUAGUUAUAUGGUGCAAGUGCUGACGAUGCCCUUCGUCGAGAUGGACGUAGUUAGAGCCGUGAUGGCAACCGUCCGCGAGCAUGAAAGCCAGAUGAUGCAGAGCGUCACUCAGCUGCAGCAGAUAGGUAGUAUUUGGUAG